GACUGAUGAAGCGCUCAGCUGAUCUCGGGGUUUGUGAACAUAAACUGUGGAACAUGAGUAAACUAACAGCGUUGUUUUUCUCGGUAACAGUGGCUCUGUCCUGUGCUGAGGCGCUGCCGCAUUUUCAGUUAAGAAAACAUCAUGGAUUCAAGACAGACCCCCAGUUCACAGAGAAAUAUUUCAGUCAGACUCUGGAUCACUUCAACUUUAACAGCAUGGGAAACGGAACAUUCAGUCAGCGUUACCUGAUCACAGAUAAAUACUGGAAGAAAGGCUACGGUCCUAUUUUCUUCUACACAGGCAACGAGGGAGACAUCUGGGAAUUUGCUCUCAACUCUGGAUUCAUCACAGAGCUGGCUGCUCAGCAGGGGGCACUCGUCAUAUUUGCCGAACAUCGCUACUAUGGCAGAUCUCUGCCGUUCGGCAAUGACUCCUUCAGCAUCCCUCAGAUCAGCCUGCUGACGGUGGAGCAGGCCCUGGCCGACUAUGGCGUCAUGAUCACUGAGCUGAAACAGCAGCUGGCAGCCACAGACUGUCCUGUCAUCGUGUUUGGCGGCAGUUAUGGUGGGAUGCUGUCGGUCUACAUGAGGCUCAAGUAUCCAAACAUCGUGGCUGGAGCUCUGGCUGCCAGCGCCCCCAUCCUGUCCACUGCUGGCCUGGGAGAGUCCAAACAGUUUUUUAGAGAUGUCACAGCUGAUUUUGAGAGCAUUGCCCCUGAAUGCAGAGAUGCUGUGAGAGGAGCUUUCCAUCAGCUGAAAGAAUUAGCCGAACGUCAAGAUUAUAGUCGCAUCCAAUCAGAGUUUACUCUGUGUAAACCUCCAUCAUCUGCUCAGGACAUCCACCAGUUGUACGGCCUGCUGAGGAACGCCUUCACUCUCAUGGCCAUGCUGGAUUACCCCUACAGCACGCACUUCAUGGGCAACAUGCCCGCCAACCCUGUAAAGGUGGCUUGUGAAACCAUGCUGAGUGGAUCCGACCUGCUCGCUAACCUCAGGAACACUGCAGCGAUUGUGUACAAUGGCACGGGGGUGCUGACCUGUUUCGACCUGUACAGUCUGUAUUUGGAGUGUGCUGAUCCCACGGGAUGUGGACUGGGCUUUGACAGCCUGGCCUGGGACUACCAGGCCUGCACAGAGAUCAAUCUGUGCUUUGAGAGCAACAAUGUGACGGACAUGUUUCCCCCCAUGGCCUUCACUGAGAGAGACCGCGAGUUUUACUGCUCCAAACGCUGGGCGGUGGUUCCACGACCAGACUGGCUCAAAACCCAGUUCUGGGGUGAUGCUCUCUCCACAGCCAGCAACAUUAUCUUCUCCAAUGGAGAUCUGGACCCGUGGGCAAACGGAGGGGUGCGCAAGUCCCUGAGCUCAUCUCUGAUCGCUGUCAGUAUUCCUGAAGGAGCCCAUCAUCUGGACCUGAGAGGCUCUCAUGAUGCUGAUCCAGAGUCAGUCAUCACUGCCAGGAAAACAGAAGCAGACAUCAUUGCACAGUGGGUGAAGAUGGAGAGGAGCAGAUUAAAACCGUUCCCGUGAAGCACAGGUUCAGGUUUUUUUGUUUCAUGAUUGGAGUUAUGUAAAAUCGAAUUUAGGUUCACUUACAGAGAAUAUUGGAUUCGAGAUAGUGUGCUCGCCCUGGGAAAAGAAACCACAACGGAUUGAACCCCGAGAUAUUCACAUUAUAAUCAUGGAAGGUUAAGAAAACCAGCAUCCAUUCACAGGUGAGAUGCUGGAACACUCGAUGAACACUCAGCCAAAUUCAGACCGAUCCACAUACAGUUGAUCAGAGCUUCCACUGUUAUUUGAUCAUUUGUCUAAAGUGACAGAUCAGUGCAGGAGCUGCAUGUGACUGGUUACCACACAACAACUAUCUGCUCUGUUCAUUCAUCUCAUGCUGCCAGCUAUCCCAUCAUGCUUCUCUCCAUGGGUUCAGGACGUCUCAGUGAAAUGAAAGGGAGCCAGUGGUUCCACUGGUCUCACUGAGUUCUGUCCUUGAACAUCAGAAGAAGAAAAAAAAAAAAAAAGUGAACCAGAUCACCAUGGCUACAUCACUGCAGACCUGCUUUGUUUCGUGAGUCAAUGAUCGACUCAAAUGUUGUUUCUGUUCAAUAAAAUCUCUUUAAUUUCUA